AUGUCUGCCUUUAACGAUAAUGAAAGUGACAGCGAGUGCGAUUUACGCGAUGAUGAUAUGGACACUUGCCGAGAUUACGAAACGGAUGAGGAUGAAGCCAAGUUAAUGGAGCCACCAAAAAUCGAGGACGUUGUCUGUGAUCUCGGCGAUACAUCUAAGGAUGUAAAGCCAACCGAAUCUGAUGAAUCGAUGUUAGCUCUUUUGCCACCCGAUCAUCCGUUACUGGCCCGAUUCCAGAAAGCUCUUAAAGAAUACCUGCUACGCACAAAAGAACAACUGAUAACUGAGAUCGCAGACAUCAAUAGCAGAACGAAAGAGAAAGAGCAAUUGCUUGAAGAGCAAGGCGUCACAUUGUACGACUUGCAACAGGAGAUUCAACGUCAAAACGAGCAAUUGGAAGAGUUUGCUCUACAAAUUGAUGAACAUGUAACGCAACGCCAUAAAGAAGAGGAAUCCGUCGCCAAAUUAAAGGCCGAGUAUGAAGAAAAAGCUGAAUUAACUAAAGCCCAAAAGACCCUAUACAAUAGACGUAUGGUCGAGUUGGAACAUGUACAAGAGUUGGAGAUUAACGUGCGUAAAUGGGUCGAUGAUGUAGAAGACGAGGUCAAAAACGCAAAAGCCGUCGUCAGCCGUGAUGCUCAGUUACAAAAGCAAUUAUCCGAAGAAAAGCGCAAAUCGGAUUUACUCUUUUAUCAUUUGGAUCUGGAGGUGAAAAGAAGCGAAAAAGAACUUGAAAUGGUUCAGAAUGACGUUAAGGAUAUGGAGGAAGCUAAUAAUGUCCUUAAACAGAGUGUUAGUGCCGCAAACGCCGAUUUGGAAAUUCUUGAAAAUGAACACAAACAUCUGACGCAAGCUUGGUCCGAAGUUAUAGUAGCCAUUGCCCAAAGGGAUCGGAUUUUCAAUGAGGCAAAUGAAUGUUUGAACAAAGAAAAGGAAACGAUCAAGUUAAGGGUCUCCGGUAUACAGGCCAUUAAAAAGCAAAUUAAAAAUGAAUUGCUGGUAAGCGAAAGGCUUGAAGUAUUUAAAAAACACUUAACGGAGGAAAUGACGCAAUUGCGAAAAGAUUGUAAAACGCAAUCGGACAUCCUGCUUGGACUUGAGGCAAAAUUGAUGGAAAUACCAAACUUAUUGGAUAAAACGGAAGCGGAUCUUAACGAGGCCAAACGGGAGGGUACAGAGUUGGAGACAAAAAUACGACGCUUGCAAUGGGUGAUUGACAAGUGGAAUAAUAAAAAAUACGAACUGGAGGAGGCAAUUUUGAAAUUGGCUCAAGAUCAAUUAAUCAAUGACAAGGCAAGUGGUUAUCGCUUGAAAUUGAUACGUAAUGCCCAGGAAAAAAGACGAAGCAUGGAAUUGGCUCUGGCUCAAGCGCAAAAUCAAUUGGCUAAUACUCUAUUGGAAAUUGAUCGUUUUAAAGGCAGCAAUGCACGACUUGGUGUAGAGAAUGAACAAUUGAAAGAGAAUUUAAAACAAUUGGAACUCCAUGCCGAUGAAAUUAAUAACGAAAUAAAAAAGAUACAGGAUCAAACUGAUCUUAAAACGAUUCGUUUGGAGAAAUUGAUGAAACAAUUUGAUGAAAUAAGUCAUCCAAAAGGUGAGAUCGAGACGACUAUAGAUGUCAAGAUUCAGCAAAUGGAGAAAUCUAUACAAAGCGUUGAACAACAGACACGUGAAGGUCAAGAAUUUUGGAUAAUGUUGCAAAAUCAUUUUAUAAAUUUGUCUCAAAAACGUAACAAUCAACUUAAUCAAACCCAAAUGACACGAAAACAAUUGUCCAUUAUUAAGCAAAAAUCUCUGAAGAUUGAUCAGGACUUGGAGAAUGCUGAAAAUACAUCUCGUGAACUGACCCGUGAACUGCGUCUCUACGAGUCAAAGUUGGAAUUAUUAAAUCAGAAAAUAUCGAAACGACGUCAAAAGCAUCAGUUCGAAGAAAAUGAAUGCCAGCUAGAACAUGGCGAACUAUUAGAAAAGCUCAAGACGAAUGAAAUGAAUGUGUUGAAUUUAGAAGAGGAGAUUAAUGAAUUGCAUAAGGAGAUUGGACGUUACAAGGAUAUCGUUUUAGAUAAGCAUCGUGAAUGCUUGUCUUGGGAGACAAAGUACAAGCUUAUCGAGGAGACGCUGCGUUGGCGUAAAGACGAAUCCGCCCUAGAAAGUGAAUUAGGUACCAUGCGUAAUGAAAUUCACCGAAUGGAGAUUCGUUAUCAACAAUUGAAACGAACCCAGGAGAAGCUUAUCAUCGAUCUCGAGCAUGCCGUUAUGCAUCGCGAACAAAUAUUUAUGGUUGCAACAAUAAAGACAAAUAUCGAAUCGCAGGAACACCGUCUAAAACAAUCGAAUCAAUCAUUAGAGCAAAAGUUAAUUGCAAUGCGAAGAAAGUUGAAACAAACCCGCCGCGAUCUUAAACAGCUAGCCGAGCAUCAAAUAAUCGAUGCUCAGCAUGAACGUCAACAAAUUAAGGACGACAUUAAACGAUUGCAUGCAGAAAUGGAGCAAGAAGCUGCUGAGGAUAAGAAAACACUUCAAGAAAUUGAACAAAGCCUUCUAAAAAAGCAUCAAAAUCUCGAAAUCAUAGUUCGCAAGCAGAGUCGCGCGAAAGCCUACCGUCGUCUUACCAGCUCUUCGCAAACAGUGAAACCACCGCGCAGCGAGAGCAGCAUGCAAGCUCAAAAGGAAAAGCAAACCGAAAUUAAUGAAAAUUUGGUGGAAAUUAUUCAAGCAUUUAUGGCCGAAACGCCUGAAAAAACUUCCUUCUUCAUGAAACUCUUACAAAUUUUACGUGACUAAGCUAAGCGAUCACUACUCUUAUCAUUCUUUAAAAGAAAAAAAAAAAAUUUUUUUUUUCCUACUAAUAAUCCAUAGACUACUUUGUGUUUUUCAUCAGUUUGACAAGGAAAUUUUUGGAAAUUAUUCUAAAUGAAAUAAAUUUGAAAAUUUAUAAAAUAAUCAAUCUCUUCACAAUAUGUGUGCUUGAUGGUGAAUUUUUUGAGACUAUUGAAAGAAAGCUUCAUGGAAAUGAAGAUGAUAUCGUCAAAUUGUUAUCGCGAUAUUCUCUCAUAUAUUUUUCUCUCAGUACGAUGUCUUCAGCAACUAUUUAAUGCAUUUAUAUGUAAAGCAUUUUUUGUUGUUUUAAGGAAUUCAAACGCUAGCCAACCUCGAAGCUUUUUUAGAAAUGUUGCCCAAAGUUUUUUAAAUCAAAAUUAAAAAAUCUUUCUUGUGAAAAAUAUUCAUCUUUUCAUCUGAAGCUAAUCGUACACUUUGUAAUGCACAAUUCUGGCAAGAAUCCGCUCUGGCCUUAGGUCAUUUUGCUCUUUGUUGUCACACAUUUUUUAAACAGUUCAGGCUUAUAAUAGCAAAAUUGCUAUCCUUAGCAGCUACAAAAGAAUUUUUUUAAAUAUCUUUCUGUUAUACUCUACACGUCUUCUGGUACAAUGAUGUAUUCAGAUGUAUGCAAUUCCUUAAAUGACUUUAGAUAGAUCCGCCUUUUAUAUUAUUAUACUGAUCUCGACAAGUUUUGUCUUAUUUACUUGCGUUAAGCCUACAGGUCGCAAUGUUUUAGUUGUUUUGGUAAAACAUGGAUUGACCCAAGGCGAAACGCUAUUAAAAAUGGUUACGAUCGGACUACUUUUUCGACCACUUCUCAUACAACUCU